CCUCGACAUUCCCAGCGCUUGCAUUUUGACAGUCGAGCUUCCAGUUUGUCUCUCCGAUUCGGACUCUGUAGUGCGAUCUUUUUACGGGCGCUAGGAACAAUAUGUCCACCAGUCUCCAUCAAUACCCGCCGGGGUCCAGCCUACUCCACACGCCGAACACUGUUGACCCGCAACAACACCACGUUCUGCUCGCACAGCGUACUGGACCCUCAAGCACAAAUUCGUUGCGGUAUGAAACGCUGCAGUUUUAUCAUCGUCCGAGUGUUACUUUGAAUGGCAAUGCUGUGGGUAAGCCUCCUCGCUUGCCGUACGCCAGCGGACCGUUAGCUGCAGCCCCCCGCACUCAUCGGGGCACGAUGCUUCACGAACGAUCAGGUCGUACGUCAGGACCUGUGCGACGAAGAAUUAGCAGGGCGUGUGAUCAAUGCAAUCAAUUGAGAACGAAGUGUGAUGGACAAAAACCUUGUUCACAUUGUUUAGAAUUCGGAUUGACCUGCGCGUAUUUGCGCGAACGUAAGAAACGCGGCAAAGCUUCUCGUAAGGAGAUCGCCCAGCAACAAGCCGUCGCAGCGGUAUCAUUCGACAGGCAAACGCGUCCCAGUGAAGAUCCAGUUAUCGCGACCCCUCAGUCGCAAGAAACCCCAUCUGACCAAGCAUACACCACGAGUCCAACCCCAUCCAGUAGCCAGUCGACAUUUCCAGCAGCUUUCGUACCAAGUCGCUCCAAUAGUCUGGCAACGACAAGAGCCAGGAAACCAACGCAGAUUUACUCAGGUCGUACUAUGAGUUUGGGUGCUCUUGAUUCGGUUCCAGGAGACAAUUUGCAAGCUACCGGUAAUGGAUUACACCCUCCACAACCAGCCCGAAUCCAGACUCAAGGUUUACCUCGAAGCGAAUAUGCCACUACCCACGAUUUCCAACAAGAUAUCGCGUACCAAUCACCGCAUGCCAUGAUGCAGCCGACGAUUCACCCGAUCGUCCCUUCCAACGAAAAUUCCAUGGAAUAUCCGGGUCAUCCUCCCAUCGCGUUCAUGGCACAAUCUCUUCCGGAAAAUGCAUCACAUCUGGACUUUGCCACUCAUUCGCCCUUAUCUGGCUCGCCAACUUGGAUGCUACCUUCACCUUCUGCUACCUUGUACUCUGGUGGAGCCCGUCCAAGAUCAUCUCAACUCCUUCGCUACCCGGUCCUGGAGCCCGUGGUACCAUAUCUUGUGGAUAUCAUGCCUCUCUCAUUAGCGUGCGAUCUUUUGGAGCUUUACUUUGAGAGCUCGUCAUCGCUUUACAUGCAACCGGUCUCUCCAUAUGUUCUUGGUCAUGUGUUCAGGAAGAAUUCGUUUCUGCGGAGAGAUAACCCACGCGCUUGCAGCCCAGCUUUAUUGGCAAGUAUGCUAUGGAUUGGAUGCCUGACCAGUGAAUCUCCGUAUCUCGCAUCAACGCCGACUGCCAGGAAUCAGAUGUCGGAGAAGUUGGUUAAUCUCACCAUCGGCCUUUUGAAGCCAUUGGUACAUCAAACACCGGUAGUAUCCGACCAAGACCAUGCUUUGUAUAGCAAUACCAAUAUGGCACAUGGUAUCACCAUGGGAGGGUUUGGAAUGCCGACCCAAAUAUCGGAAGAAAACAUCGGGCUUGAGCUGCACUUCGGCAAUCUAGAUGAUGUAGCAACAUACGUCAACCUCGGAGUGGUGACAUCCGCUAGCGAAUAUAAAGCGGCCUCGUUGCGUUGGUGGAACGCUGCGUGGUCACUAGCUAGGGAGAUGCGUCUGGGCAAAGAGAUUGUCACGCCGCCACCUGACCUGUACGACGAAGAUUCCAUUGGCAACAUUGACAAUCGGAACACGUAUCUAGAGGCUACAGAAGAGCAACGCGAGGAGCGCAGACGUAUGUGGUGGCUCUUGUAUACGAUGGAUCGACACUUAGCAUUAUGCUACAAUCGACCACUUUCCUUCACAGAUGCCGAAUGCUCAGGCCUUCUGCAACCAUUUGAGGAACACGUAUGGCAAUCUGGCGAUUUCUUCGAGGAUUCCGCUCAAUCAUUACCAGAUCCCACAUUUCGCCGAAGAGGUCCUGCAUUCGAAUGCACCGGUCACUCCUCCAUAUUCGAGUUUUUCCUACCACUGAUGACGAUUCUCGGCGAGAUCCUAGAUCUUACGCACGCAAGAAAUCACCCCAGAUUUGGUGCAAAGACUGACUGGGACGAGUACGCAAUGGAGAUCAGUCAGCGGCUAGACGCUUAUGGUCGAUCGUUACAAGACAUGCAACAGCGGAGCAUUCUCGAAAGCAGCACCAAUACGCAUGACGCUGCCCCGUCACACUCCUCAUCAAAAACCACAGCAAGUCCAAUGGCGCAAGAAUCGUUAAUGCACGCCCGAAGUGUAGUGACGUAUGGCACGUAUCUCAUGCAUACACUUCAUGUCCUAUUGAACGGGAAAUGGGAUCCGAUCUCGCUGUUGGACGAUAACGACCUUUGGAUAUCAUCGCAAAGCUUCGUCACCGCGACCGGGCAUGCGGUUUCUGCAGCUGAAGCACUAAAUGAGAUUCUUGAACUUGACCCAGACCUAAGCUUCAUGCCAUUCUUCUUUGGAAUAUACCUCCUACAGGGGAGCUUCCUGCUGCUUUUGAUUGCGGAUAAACUGCAAGGGGAAGCGAGUCCAAACAUAGUGCGCGCGUGCGAAGUAAUUGUGCGCGCGCAUGAAGCUUGCAUUGUCACCUUGAACACGGAAUACCAGAGAAAUUUCCGUAACAUCAUGCUCUCGGCUCUGCUGCAGAUGCGUGGCAGAGGCAUGCAGGCUUCUGUAGAGCGCCGCCGGGAGAUGCUAAGCUUGUACCGAUGGGGCGACGGAACCGGGCUCGCCCUGUGAGGUGUCUGUAUAUGAUUAUGUGCUAUGAUCCACGAUCUGGUAUUAUAACGACAUGUUCUUGUUGAGAAUGAAAGCUCAUGCCCGAUCCCGUCAUAACUCUCUCCACGUUGUAUGCAAGAGUGAUUACGCGUGAACCACCGGA